GUAGUAACAAGGUAAUUAUUAGACAAACGAAUGGUAUAUUUUCGGUGUUCUGUGAAUGAAUUGAACGUCAAUCGGUAGUUCGAUUUUCAACGGUUCGGUUGUCAAAAAAUAAACUCCAAACGAGAUGCGUUUUGAUAUAAUUUUAGCAAUCUUUUACACCUUUACAACGGUGAAAUGCGACGACGAGACACCCGCUAUACUCGAAAUACCUCAAGGGAAGAUGCAAGGGGAUUUCCGCGAAUCCUACGGCGGUCGAAUUUACACCGCCUUCGAGGGCAUCCCCUACGCCAAACCGCCGGUGGGAGACCUGCGAUUCGCGCAACCACAAAUCCCGGAAAAAUGGGACGGAAUCUUGAGAGCUAAUAGAACCUACAGUUGCCUCUGUUACUUCUUCAUUCCAGGCCUUCGAGGGAUCAAAGGUUCCGAGGAUUGCUUGUACGUUUACGUGUAUGUACCUUUAAAGAAAAUAACGGGAGAAGAAAACCUGGACGUUGUGGUGCACAUUCACGGCGGAGCCUUCAUGAUAGGAGCGCCCAGUUACAUGGCGGGGCCGAAUUAUUUGAUGGACAAAGACGUCGUGUACGUUUCAUUCAAUUACCGAUUAGCCAUAAUGGGUUUCUUGAGCACCGAAGACGACGUCGUAUCGGGCAACAACGGGCUGAAAGACCAAACCAUGGCCCUUCGAUGGAUCAAAGAGAACAUCAAAUACUUCGGCGGGAAUCCCGAUUCGGUGACUUUGACGGGAAUGUCCGCCGGUAGCGCUAGCGUUCAUCUGCACUAUUUCUCUCCUUUAUCCCGAGGAUUGUUCCACAGGGGUCUCUCCCAAAGCGGUACCGCUUUACAAUCGUGGGCCAUCGUAGAAAAGCCGCUGGAGAAGGCCAAAACGGUGGCGAAUGCGCUGGCUUGCCCGACGAAUUCCACCGAAACUAUGGUGGAUUGUAUGAGACAGAAGGGCGCUAACGAUGUCAUCAACGCCAUGAGAACGUUGCUUCUUUAUUUCGACAGCGUACCUCUGAUCAUAUUCGGACCGGUUAUAGAACAUGGGAAGGAUCCUUUUCUGCCCGACAGUCCUUACAAAAUGUUGAAGGAGGGUAAUGUAUAUGACGUACCCUGGAUAGCGUCGAAUGUCAAGGACGAAGGAUUGUUCCCGUCGGCUUUUUUCGUGAUGAAUAAUUUAAUGGGGGAAAUUGAAGCGAAAUGGAACGAUAUAAUGCCGUAUCUUCUGGAUUUGUACGAUACAGUUGAUGAAAGCGAUUUGAUGGAUGUGUUGAUGAAAAUCAAAGCGUUUUAUUACGAAGGAGAGCCGGUUUCCGAUGAUAAUCUUUACACGAUGGUUCACUUGUUUAAUGAUAGAUUUUUUAUGAUCGACGGCGAAAAAGCGAUGAGAAUGCAAGCGAAAGCUAACAGAAGUCCUGUUUAUUACUAUUUUUUCACGUAUCUGUUGAGAAAACCUAUCAUACCCACUUUUGGAUUCAAACGGGGUGUUUCACACGGAGAUGAUGCCGGGUUGUAUCUAAAAACGUUCGGUUCGGCCCCUAAACUCGAUCCCACCGACGAAACUAUGAUGAAACUUUUCACGGAAUUCAUUGCGAACUACGCUAAAAACAGCACACCAUCGAUUAAUAACGUCGAAUGGAAACCGUUGGAGCCGAACGAUGAAAUGUUGAACGUUUUAAAAAUCGAAUCGCCCGAUGAAAUUGCAAUGAUCGAAAUGAAUUCUCUGGGAAAACAUGAUUUCUGGGAAUCAUUGCCUAUUAAAGAAAACGAAAAACUCUACCCUUAAAGUAGAAGUAAUUUUUUUUACAGUUAUAUGUUGAUGUUAAAAAAAUUGUAAUUUAUUUGAAUUAAUACACGAAAAUUUCAA